CUUCCAAUGCUUUGCUUUCCCAUCAAACUGAUAAACAGCAUCCUUCUCUUUCCAACAUGCACUCUCUUCAUCUCCUUCAUCAUGACCUCUCUUGAUUGCAUUGUAUUUAAAAACUCAUGGUCCUUGUUUAACAAAAGAGAACAAGCAUUGGAGGGAGAGAUCACUCUUUCUCUUGCCUCCCAUAAUGCAAAGCUAAAAGACAAGCAUAGCAGUGUGUUCAGUGUCACUGUCUUGGUAAUUAAGACAUGGAUAUCUGUGUUUUGAUCAUAGAUAUGCACUCCUCCAGUUACUGCUCCAUCAUUUACUAGUUCACAGUUGCUCACAGUUCUACACAAACUUGCCUAAACUUGCCUGUAAAUGCCUUGCCAUUAUCCAUGAGAAACAAGAGUGGUGCUAGCUCUUGGCUGACGGCGGUCAAACGUGCUUUCAGAUCUCCUUCCAAAGAUGACCAUGAAGAAAAGAGGAGAGAGAAGAGGAGAUGGACGUUCAGGAAGGCAUCAACUUCAAGAGAAACACAAGGAGGAGCCAGUGCGGAGGAGAGGCAUGCAAUAGCACUGGCAGUAGCCACGGCGGCCACCGCGGAAGCGGCUGUGGCGACAGCUAAGGCAGCAGCGGAGGUUGUCCGGCUAGCGAGACCCGCAGCAUCUGCUAGCUUUGUUAGAGAGAACUAUGCCGCCAUUGUUAUUCAGACAGCCUUCAGAGGAUAUCUAGCGAGAAGAGCGUUGAAAGCACUGAGAGGGUUGGUGAAGCUGCAAGCUUUGGUGAGAGGGCACAACGUGAGAAAACAAGCGAAGAUGACGCUGAGGUGCAUGCAAGCGCUGGUGCGUGUUCAGGCGCGUGUGCGGGAAGAACGUCUUAGGCUGGUCGGGAGAGACGCCGACGAGGUCUCAUCCUUUUGGGACUCUGCGUACGGUCAGGAAAUGGCGGAGAGACGAUCCAUUCAAUCCAGAGAUGGAAGUAGCUUUGCCGAUGAUUGGGAUGAACGCCCACAUACGAUUCAAGAGAUCCAAGCUCUGCUGCAGAGCAGGAAGGAAGCGGUUAUCCGAAGAGAACGAGAUCUCUCUCAUGCUUUUUCUCAGCAGUUAUGGAAGCGAGUUGAGAGGAAGACGACGAGCAGUGAAGAUGAAGACAUGGCAGCGGCGUCAGAAGGAGAACAAAGGCCGAGGAGAUGGCUGGACCGAUGGGCGGCGUCGCGCGCGUCUUGCGAUGGGAGACCGAACAGAGCUCGUAGCUCAAUGAUGGAUCAUAGAGACCCGAUUAAGACGCUGGAGAUUGAUACCGGCCGGCCGUUCUCUUACACUACUCCGGCUAAUCUCCGGCGAGUUCCACCUGCUUCGUCUCCUUUCCUGGCUCGUUCAGCAAGUCCUCGUCUUGUCGCCUCGCCACGAACUUCAGCCAUGCCGAACUACAUGGCGACGACGGAGUCCGCCAAGGCACGGACACGGUCACAGAGCGCGCCGAGACAGAGGCCAAUGACGCCGGAGAGGGAUCAAAGCGGCGCCACCGCAAAGAAGCGGCUUUCAUUCCCGGAGGGGUACUGCCAAAGCUUGCGAAGCCCGAGCUUCAAGAGCGCAAGCGGAAUGUCGGUGCUGGAACAGAGGUCAAAUGCUUCAUCGUCGUACGCAGAUAGUUUGGCCGGAGAGAUGUCUCCGGCGCCGUCUCCGGCGUUGGUGAAAGAGCUCCGGAGGUGGCUCCGGUGAGGCAUGAUUUGAUCGAAUUGGAAUUUCUCGAUGUUCUCGUGAUAAUUUUAGCAAAAAAAGAAAAAGUUAGUGUUGUUUGCUGCUUUCCUUCCUACUAUUUGAUAAGAUUUCACAUGCAAAAAGACACUUUUGCCUUUUUAGAUUCCUCUCUUCCAAUCAAUUGUCUUAUGGGUUUUAUGGUAAUUUCAAAUUUAAUUUAUGAUCCAUUAACAUGAUAAGAGUGGUUUUACUUUUA